GGAAGAGAUGAUGUUCGGAUCAACUGCAGGUACAUUACCUGGCGGCAGCUUUUCCAAAGAGGGCUUCAUUCAGAGGCGCCGUUCUCUUGUCGAUGAUGCAAAGUUGGAAACAGCUAAAAAUAAAGAAGCGCAAGAAGCCUGGAUUAAGGAGCUAAAAACUACUGAAACCCAAAAUUUCGAUCUCACGGAAGAAGAAAUUCUACUUUUAAGCCAAUUACCAGAUGAGAAUUCCAGCGACAGAAAAUUGACUAGUCUGGUGUUCUCAGUUCCCGAUGGCCUAUCUUCCCUUCCUGGCAUACUCAAGUGGAUAGAAUGCUGUGGAGGCCAUAUUCAGCACCUUGAGACAAGACGCUCGAGAAAAGUAAACUCCUCUUUCGACAUCUUAGUAAAGUUAGUUCUUCGGAGAAAAGGUUUGCUGAAUCUCAUCAAGAACGUCCGACAGAAUGAUGCAGCAGCCAUUUCCAUAGUUUCUGACGAUAGGUUGCAUUUUAAAGAAAUUUGGUUCCCUAAAUACAUUAGUGACCUGGAUAGAUGUACGCAUGUUUUAUCUAAAUUUGAACCGGAUCUCGACAGCAGUCAUCCGGGAUUUAAUGAUGUCGUUUACCGAACUCGAAGAAGAGAAAUUGCACAAAUCGCCUUUGAUUAUAAACAUUGCAUGCCAAUUCGACACGUGCAUUAUACCGAUGAAGAAACUAAAACAUGGGGGAUAGUGUAUAAGCAACUGCGAAGUCUGUACCCAAAGUAUGCCUGUUCUGCGUAUCAGGCUGCAUUUCAGCUUCUCGAAGAAGAAUGCGGUUACAAGUCUGAUAACAUUCCUCAGCUGGAAGACGUCUCGAAGUUUUUGAAAA